AUGACUUGGGGAGAAAAAAAGAUUUUCGUGAAUAGUCUUGUACAAGAGAUACCUACAAAACGGCCAAGAGAUAGAAAAGACCCAUCUAUUUCAAAGAGAAAAAGCUCAAUGAUUUAUAACUUGCUUUUGAAAGAUGAACAGCGUGUUAGAGUCUGCAAAACGAUGUUUCAAAACACUUUGUGUAUCACGAAAAUGACCAUCUGGAACUGGAAAAAAGUUAAAGAAAAUACCUCUCACAAUGAAAACCAAAAUGUAUCUGCCAGAAAAAAUCCCCACGAAGAAGAGGUAGAAUCACUUAAAGAGUUUUUUAACGAUAUACCAAAAAUGGAAUCCCACUAUUGCCGCAAAACUACAUCAAAGCUUUAUUUGUUACCAGAAUGGACAUCAAAAAGAGCCCUGUACAAAUUCUACGAAAAAGACUGGCGCGCCUCGCGGAAUAUUAAACCUCUGUCAAUAGCAAAAUUCAGCAACACUUUAGAAAUUGAAAAUAUAUCACUGUUUAAGCCGAAAAAAGAUGAGUGCGAAAAAUGCCUAUCCCAUAAACUCGGAAAUAUAUCUGAUGCAGAACUUAAGGAACAUAUAAACAGAAAAAAUGAAGCCCGAAUUGAAAAAGAAAACGAUAAAAAUUCAGAAGAACUCGUAUUUACGAUGGACACACAAGCUGUGUUACUAGCACCUAAAUCUAAUGUUUCAUCUCUGUAUUAUAAAACCAAGCUAUGCACACACAAUUUCUGUUUAUUCAAUUUGAGAAACAAAGAUGGAUUUAGCUAUCUUUGGAAUGAAACUGAAGGUGGGCUAUCGUCUGACAACUUUGCAACGAUAAUAGUCAAGUUUAUUACAGACAAACUUCUGCCGAGCAUUCACAGAGAACCUGAAAAGGAUAUUAAAAUUAUAUUAUACAGCGACGGAUGUACAGCACAAAAUAGGAACGUGGUAUUGGCAAAUGCUUUACUGAAUGUGGCAACGUUAAACAAUAUUGUAAUUGAGCAAAAGUAUUUGGAGGUUGGCCACACCCAAAUGGAGGCUGACUCCAUGCAUGCCACCAUAGAGAGGAAGCUGAAAAAUAAAAUUAUUCAUCUGCCAGCUGAAUAUGUAGGAGUUUGUCUAGGAGCACGCAUACAUCCUAAGCCCUACAACGUAUCUUACUUAUCGCAUGAUUUUUUUAAAUCCUUUGGAAGCCUACAGUAUUAUAAAUCUAUUAGACCAGGAAAAGCGACAGGAGACGCUAAGGUCACAGACAUUCGUGCGCUGCAAUAUAAAAAAGGGAAUAUAUACUUUAAGCUGAGAUUCACAGAUGAGUGGCAGUUACUACCACAACGAUGUGAUAGAAAUAUCACACCAACAGCGAUUGAAAGCUUACCGGAUCUUCAUGAAAAUCGGCUUAAAAUUAAAAAUCGUAAAUUCAAAGACCUCCAGGAAUUAAAAUAUACAAUACCGGUGGACUAUAGGGACUUUUACGAUAACAUCCCACAUGAAUGA